AUGGAUGCGGAGCCUUCGCAGCAGACACAGCCUGCCACGCAGCAGGUCCUCGAUCCUCGUCGUCUAGGCAGAAACAAUUCAGGUUUGAGCGACUGUGACAUCGCCGAUGUUCUCGUUAUCCUUCACCCUGCUACCCCGACAGCAAUCAAGAUUGUAGAGCAUGCAGCACAGCACCGGCCCGAACAUGUCUUGUUCCGAAACUCACUCGACUCAAUGACCGGAUCCAUCAAUGACAUCGAGGAGCAAGAAACCUUCAUAAUCAACGCCCACCAAGAUCAACCUGAACGCAGCUCUCGCGUUGGUGCAGACCUAGCCCUUCGCCUAUCAUCCGCAAAGAAGCUGAAAUUCAAAGAGCUCGGAUUCAUAUUCGGCCGCAACCAUCAGAGUGCCGACAUCAUCUUUGGUCAAGACUCUGGUAAAAGGAUAAGCAAUCAGCACUUCCGAAUCUACCUCAACAUCGAUGGCCUACUCAUGCUCGAAGACAUGUCCACCAACGGCACUAUUGUUGACGAUUCACUUCUCAAGUGUAAAGACCCUCGCUUCAGCAAGAUUCGUAUGCUCAGCUCCGGCUCCAUCAUCUGCAUACAAAAUUCAAACGACGCAGAGAUGAUCAAGUUCAUCGUCCGCGUACCUUCAAGAGUGUCACACAUGGAUCGGUUCCGAGAAAACCUCAGCAACUUCAUCACACAGUGUACACCCAACUUUGGGGAGGAACAGAGUAAGGCUCUACAACGAGUCACCAAACAGUAUGGUGGGCCUUCGAUGAAGUGGGACGGUGGAGCACACUACAACAUCAUUGGGCAAAUUGGCAAAGGAGCUUUUGCUACCGUCUAUCAGCUCGCAACUAAAAUGACCGGAAAGCUGCUGGCCGCGAAAGAACUCCAGAAACGCCGCUUCAUGAAGAACGGUAUGCUUGAUAAGAAGAUUGACAAUGAAAUGAAGAUCAUGCAGGAUCUGCGGCACCCCAAUAUCGUCGAGUUCGUUGAGUACUACGAUCAAGGUGAUUAUCUGUACAUCAUCAUGGAGUUCGUCAGACAGGGUGAUCUUCAAGGUUACCUCAACCAGUACGGCUCCAUGAAGGAGGAUGUCGCAAGGUCCAUGGCUCAGCAGAUCCUCAGCGCUCUCAGCUACCUACAUGGAGCAAAAAUCACUCAUCGUGAUAUCAAGCCGGACAACAUUCUCAUCGCUGAUAUCGACCCUUUCACCGUCAAGCUAUCGGAUUUUGGCCUUUCAAAAGUUGUCAAGCAUGAGGAAACAUUUCUCAAAACCUUUUGCGGUACAUUGCUAUACUGCGCUCCAGAAGUCUUCCCUGACUUCAACGGGCAAUCAAAGGGUACCAAGCGUCGGCGUGGCGCCAAGGUGUACCACUCGUACAGUUCCUCGGUUGACAUAUGGUCUUUUGGAGGUGUUCUCUGGUAUGCACUCUGUGGUGAGCCCCCGUUCAAGGGCAUUGCCGAUGCUACGGGUGAAGCCAUGUACAACAACAUCAUGGAAACAUCACUCGACCCAACGCCUCUCCGCACGGCGGGUGUCUCUGCCGUCUGCAUCGACCUUCUGAUGCAGAUGCUACGGACGGACCCUGCAGAACGCCCCACAGAUCGCGAUUGUCUGAACCAUCCAUGGCUCAAAGAGGGAGCAACCAUCCCUGCCGAUCCUGUUUUGCAGUCUAUCGCCGAAGAGGACGAGGAAGAGGAGGAGGAAGAAGCCGAGCAGCAAUUGUCGCAACUCAGCCUUCAAGAGGAGAUUCCGGAAUCAGAAGAAGAAUCUGAUAUCCUUUACGAUGAAGAGCUUAUGGGUUUCGUCACAGAGCGAAAGCCAAAACGAGUCCGCGCCGACCCACUGUAUCCACGAAACCAAGCGCGAGAUCGCGAUGAUUCCAGUAUCGAGCCUUCUUUCGCGUCUUCACACCUCGUUCAAGAAGAGAGUUUCCAGGUCAUGCCGACGCCUAGACAGCCUCGUCUCUUCGGUGAGAUUGGACGUUCCGCACUGGAAAGCUCGGGCGUACUAAGCACGCACGCCAAUGACGCUUUGUUACGCGAAGAGUCCAUUCAACGUGCUCAGAAUGACGGCGCUGCAGACUCGAUGGACGCCGAAGACAGCGUGGAGCAGCAGCGAGGGCUCUUUACCGCGCCCGCACAACUGAAGCGAGGCGUGUCGUCACCCAGCCUCUUGGGCACCGAGUCUCUGGUGAGAGAUCUCAACAUGACUUCGCCGCACUCUCCUGUCUCCCGAACGCAGAGUCCUGCCAUGCCAGCAACGCCCAAGACACCAGAAGUCGUUCAACACAAUUCUUUGGAACAGUCAAAAGAGUUUAGUCAAGUGAGCGAGCCGACCCCGAGAGCACGACCAUCUGCAAUGAACCGGCUGAUUGAGCUUCCGGUUACGGCAUCCUACUAUUACGACCCGAGAGACCCCAACACACACAAUUUGGAGUAUGCUUCGAGAAUAAGUGGGCGUGACUUUAUGUCGAUGAGCCGCGAUGCUACGAGUGCGGCGUCUGCAUAUCCGGAUACAACAGGAGCCUCAGAGACGAGUGGAACAUCGGUAGCAUCAAGUGAUGCAGCAGCGUCUUCUCCUGCUGCCGACAUACCGUCCGUACCUGCUGAGCUCGAUAUUCGUCCACCUCCACGGCGACUGGGCAAGCUUGUUGCGACACCAGAUUCGUUUGUACCCAAUCUCACUCUCAACAUUACCCAGAGCAAAACUUCAUGGGGUCGCCUUGGAAACAACACCAUUGUGUAUGAGCAUAGCCGCGAUACGCGUAUUCCAAAGACAGCGUUCAUAAUCUUCUUCUACUCAUCCAGUGGUCAGACGCAGGAGACUGUUGACGAUUUGUCGCAGCGAGGCAAAGACUGGACUAGCUUGCAGAACCUGAACAUUGGUAUCUGGACAUGCGCCACCCACGGCAUAUCCAUCAACGGCAAGCAUCUCCGGAAGAAAGACGAAAAGGGUCAUGCCUUGUUUGGUCACCUACACACUGGCGACAUUGUGCAGGUAUACCACGAUUCGCGCGGAACCGAAUGCCUGAAGUUUCGCUGCGAAUUCUACCUUGGUGCCGGCAAGGAUCCACGCCCAGCGGGCAGUGACUUCCAUACACUCAUUGGAAACAGGCUCUCACAGUAG